UGGGGCCGUUCCCCCGCCUCCCUCCAACGGGGGAAGGCGAACACCCGGAGCGGCGUCGCCGCUGCUUCCCGCCUCAGCGGCUGCCCCUCGCCGGGAGCCGCCCCGAGCAACAGGUCUGCGCCCCCUCCGAGCCUGCGUGAGUGUGUCAGGCGAACAAAGGGGCUGAGCGCGGCCGCCCGGCCCCCUCCGCCAGCCCGGCCCCUGCGCUUCAGCCAUUUGCGUCGCCUGGCAUCGCCUCGCCGCUUCCCCCCCCCCCCCCCCCCUUCUCCCGCUUCUCCUUCCCGGCUUCCCCCCGCCGCCUCCCGCCUUGGUGAGCAAGGCGGCGGGGCCGAGGGAGGUUCCCCAGGGCGGUGCGGGGCUCGCCGGACGUCGCCGAAAGGUAAGCCUCUGCCUGCUCGCCCUGCCGGGAGGAGAACGGAGGAGCAGCGCUCCGGCCCCGGGACAUGCCCGCCUCCCCUCCCCUCCCCUCCCGGCCCGCCGCCGCGGAGCCUCUGGGGACGAUCGGUGCCGGUAUCAGCCCGAAAGCUGAGGGGGAAUGCGUAUGAGGAGCAGUGAUACGAAGAAACCUUCGUGAAGGUCACGUAAAGGAACACUUGGCUAGUGGGGAAUCUCCUUCCAGGAUAGAUUGCAACCACUACCUUCCACUGCAAAAGUUGCACAAGGUGAUGGCCGCUCGGCGGCGGCCCGCAGCCCUCCGCACGGGCGCGGCGCGGCGCCGGCGCAGCUAGCGCGCCUCCAUGGAGGGCGGCGGCGCGGCCGAGGAGGAGGAGAGCGGGGCCGGGCCCGGCGCCCCGCCGCCGCCGCCACCGCCCACCCCGGCCGCCCCCUGCGGCUUCAGCUCCUCCCUCUGCUUCAGCGCCGCCGCUGCCGAGCCGCAGGCGCCCGCCGCCGGCGGCCGGGUGGUGGAGAGCCAGUGGGAGAUCAACAACGCCGCCUGCCAGCCGGAGGAGGAGGAAGAGGAGGCGGUGGGGACGCGGGAGCGGCCGACGGAGGAGCCUGACCUGGUGAUCGAGGUGUCGGGGCGUCGCAUCCGGGCGCACAAGUCGGUGCUGGCGGCCAAGAGUGACUACUUUCGCGCCCGCGCCUCGCGGGACGUCCUGCGGGUGAAGGGGGUGAGCUACGGGGCGCUGCGGCUUCUCAUCGACUACGUGUACACAGCUCGCAUGGGCGAGGUGCGGCAUGACAACCUGGCCGAGGUGGUGAGUGGUGCCCGCGUCCUCCAGAUGCCUUGUGCCCUGCACUGUGCUGCCGAGGCCAUGCGUGCCCAGCUCCGCCUCGACAACUGCUACCAGCUCCUCUGCCUGGCCAAGAAGCAGCGGCUAGCGGAGCUGCGGGAGGCUGCCUACCGCUUCAUGAGUGAUCACUACCUGGAGGUGCUGCGGGAGCCAGGGGUCUACGGCCGCCUCAGUGGCACUGAGCGGGACCUCAUCCUGCAGCGGCGCAUGGAGGCUGGCCGGCCCUGCUUGCUGGUGGCUGAGGUCAGUGACGCUUUCGAGCGGCCAGGUGGCGGCAGCCGGCCACAGAGCCGUGAAAGCAGCCGGCCGCAGAGCCCCUCCUCCGUGGUGUCGCUGGAGGAGAGUGGCUCCCUCAUCCACUGCUACCAGGAGGCCAGCGGCGAGUGGAGGGUGCUGACACGCCUGCCCGAGGAGGCCAAUGCCAAGGGCUGUGCCAUGUGUGUCCUCCACAACUACCUCUUCCUAGCAGGGGGCAUUGUGGCGGGGCCAGCGGGCAGCGAGCCACGAGCCCGCCUCUCUGACAAGGUCUUCUGCUACAACCCACUCACUGACACCUGGAGCCAGGUGCGGCCACUGGCUCAGGCCCGUUCGCAGCUCAAGCUGCUGGCCCUGGACGGUUACCUCUAUGCCGUGGGGGGUGAGUGCCUCUUCACCGUGGAGAGGUAUGACCCACGGGCCGACCGCUGGAGCUCCGUGGCACCCCUGCCCAAGGGUGCCUUCGCCGUGGCUCAUGAGGCCACCACCUGCAAUGGAGAGAUCUAUGUGUCAGGAGGCUCCCUGUUUUAUCGUCUGCUCAAGUAUGACCCGAAGCGUGACGAGUGGCAGGAGUGCCCUUACAACAGCAGCCGGCGGCGCUCUGCUGAUAUGGUGGCCUUCAAGAGUUUCAUCUACCGCUUCGAUGUGAGCAGUGGCCGCGGUGGGGAGCAGGGCCCAGGCAGCGGGACUAGUGGUGGUGUUGAAGUUUUCCGGUACAACACAGUGGCCAAGCGUUGGAGCCAGUGUGCCAGCCUGCGGCCCAGUGGCGGCCCCAUCCAGCCCUUCCGUUGUGCCCCCUUGGGCAACACCAUCUACUGUGUCAACCGGACCGGCACCCUCCGCUUCAGCCUAGCCCAGGACGGCGAGGUGGAGGCAGAUGGUGGGCUCAAGGGCACCUUCGAUGGAGAGCUUCUUAAAGCUCCCUUGGAUGCCAAGGGUGUCCUUCUACCCUUUGUGCUCACCCUGCCUGAGAGGCUGGACAAGGCUGGGGACCAGGAGGGCUCCCUCCCACUGUGAGGUAGCCAGCCUGGCUCUGGCAUCCCGAGUGGAGAGCUGGGUUGCAGCUAGGUCCCCCUACGGAGGGGACCCUCUCUGGCAUGUCUGCAGAGAGAAGGGGCUCCUCCUUUCCUCCUCUCUGCUCCCAAGAUGUUGAGUUGGAGCCACUUGGUUGUAAUGCGGUUGUUACUCUUCUCAUGUUUGCUGUGCUUUGUGUGGAAAGCCAAGCACGUGAAAGGCAAAGCUGCUAUAAAGGAUGAUCUCUGGAUUACGUUUGUGCCAAUUCCCAGUCUGAGAAAAACUUUUUUACACCUGGAUUUCUAAAAAAUUCCUGACAACAGUGUCGUAAUGGGACGUUACUGUUAGUGUUGGUCGUGUGUUUACACGAAGUUCCAAUCUGGGCUGGAGCUUUUUCUGCCAUUUGUUUUCUUUCUCUCCAGGAUGAUACCAAGGGAUAAACACUGCUGGCAGCGUAGCUUAGCUGCAUUUAUUUUUAUGUUAAACCAACUAUUUCCUGUGUUAGAAAAGUAUAGGAAGAAUAUCUCCAUCACAGCCUUUCAUUUCUGGUGCAAUAGAUGGUUUAAAGAAGAGACGGCACUGUGUGGUCCCAGGAAUUUCAACCACGAAUGAUUUAACAGAUACCAGACAAAGUUCUAAGUAACGCAAACGUGUGCCACAUGUUUGUAUUUGGAAUAGAAAAAAAAAACCAACCCAGAAAAUGGCGUGUUACCUUUUUAAAAUGUGGCAUAUUAUAGCAGAUACAAAAUGUCGAUAUGUUCUUUGUUUGAAAAAGGCAAUGGUUUCUGUAUAAAAACACAUUGUUUUAUUACCUUUUUUAUCAGAUUUUAAAUUAUAACAAAAAUGAACUGAAGCUGUUCAGACAGCAACCGAUUGACGUGACCAUGUAUGCCACUAGAGUUGGGGGAAAUAGUUUGUACUUCAGCUGCUCUUUAAUUAACUGCAGGUCAAGGAAAAUUAACCUAAACCAAAUGUAAAUUCUUUGAAAGUGACUGCAGACAGCUUAAACAUUUCACUGUAUGUUCAGUAUCCUGUGGCAAGAGGCUUUUCCAACUUAGCGCAAGACCAUCAAAGACGGGCGUGGAAAAUAGGAAUGAGCUACACAUGUUGAUGAUAUUGUGCGCUAGCAUGAUGUUAUUUCCCUGUCUUUUGAUGAGAGACUGCUUUAUUUAUUUCGAUCUAAUGGUUGCUGUAAUCAGUAAGUCCUUGUUAAUUGCAGUGUGUGCUGAUAGCAUACGCUGUCACUGGGAUUCUGAACCACCCGAGAGCACUGUUUGUGGAGCAGCAUACUAAAGAGACAAAACCAUACAAAGCUUCUUCCUGCCUGUGGAAAGUUGAAGCAUACUUCUCAUCAUGUUACUCAUAACUGGAAAAGUAUAAACUGUCUAUGCAGACAGACUAUAUUGAAAAGGGCACAUACAUUUAUUUUAUACGUUUUAUAUUAAAAAAAUCAAUAGGCAAGGCAAAUGUUUUAGCUUUACAGUAAAUCACUGAGAAACCUUUUCUGAAAAAUGGAACCAGUGUUUUUGCUGUUGGUAAUUCAGCCUGGAACUGGCAUGGACUGUGGAAGGGAAUUGUUUAUACUCAAAGUUCUAGUAUAGAUUCAUAUUUUAUGAAGACAUAAGGACCUUACAUCAAAGAAAGCAGAUCUUUUUAUGUUUUAUUAAGAUUUUUCUGUUAAACAGGACAUUAGCAUUCUUACAUGUUAUUGCUAGUUCCAAAGGAAGGCAGCAGGCUCUGUCCUAAGAGACACCAUCUUCACAAAAGAGAAUAUUGAAGUUUAAAGAUACUUCUUUCCUUCACUUUCAUGUUGGUUUUUUUGUUUUUUCCUUUUCUCCAUCCAUCUUGCACAAGAUUUUAAUGCAGCUGAUCUGAUUAGCCAUCCUCUAGAACACAGUGGUCCAGUCCUAAGAGUUCUUAGCCAAGCAAGCCUAUUCCCUAGUGAGCUAAUUAAAGCAGCUGUAGGCCUGCAGAGUGUGAUGCUUAUCUUAGCCUCAGUACAGGUUGGUGCAAUGGAAUUUAAUACCACAGAUGGCAUAUUCAUUUGCGAUUCACAAAGAAAUUGAUUUUUUUUCACUGAAUGAAGGACUUAAUUCUCAGACAGGAAUCCUUGGAAACAUUGACUCUAAAUUAAACUACAGAGCUGUAGCUUGAGCAGAAAAGAAAAAUUAUGUGUUUGCCUUCAGUAUCAUUUUUAUGUUAAUUGUAGAAAGUAUUUCAAGCUGUGUAGUGGAACACUUAAGUGCAUACUUAAACUAAAGACAUAAGCUCUAGGCCAGAUUUUGAAUUAGUAGAGUCAGCAGGAACACACAAGGAAAUAUCUAUUUUAUCUUACAAUACAAUAAAAUUUCAUAGUUCAAAAUAUUAUGUAGUAUAGUUCUUAUACUACAGCAUAGUGAGGAAUCAAGACAACUUUUGCAUUCCUAUUAAUGAAGCAUUUUCAUUCUUGCUAAUGCCUGAAAAUGCUGCUAAAUAUGUUCUGGGAAGCCUCUGUGAUUUAAACUGCAAAAAUGUGCCACAGGCUUUCAGGAAAGAAUGAAACUUAUCCUUUUCCAUUAUUUCUUGCUGUACACCAUGAAGAAAUAUAUUUGAACACAAUCUUUACAGUAAUAAGUAUGCUACAAACUUGUAGUGGUUUCUAUUUUUGCUAGCUCCUAUUGUUGGGAAAGGUUGAAUCAAGUGCUUGCCUGCUUUUGCUGUAUACACAGUGUGACGGCAGAGUCUGGUCUUCAUUAGUAGCUGUCUGUCAAACCUAUUUCCUUUGUACACUCUUUGCAUAAUCCCAGCCUGAUGAUUGACAACAGAGGCAUGUUUCUAGCCAGACUUCCUACUCUGAGGCCUCUCUUUCCUCCCUGGUAAGCCUGGAGCAGGUUUGCUGAGAGUUAUUUUUUCCUCCAGUUAUAUCUUCAGCAUAUCCAAAAAAACCCCACCAAACUUGGGUACUAAGAGCAGAGUUUAGGUAAGACUUCAGGCAUUGAAGACCAAAAUUGUCAUCCCAGAACUCUCCAGUUUAACUGAAACUGAGCAACCUCUGUCCCUUUGAUGUGUGGAAGGUGCUGAGCAGUUCCCCUUUGCCCAUUCAGAACUGCUCCCCCCUGAGCAGUUAUGCACCUACCUAGCUACUGCCUCAACUCCUUUGAAACUAGAUGAUGCGAUACCCAGAAGCCACUGGUAUAAUAUGGUUUUAUGGUACAAACUAAAGGGCCAGACCACCAUCACAUUGUGUUUGCGUAUGUUUUGCUUUUAAAACAGCUAUUUUAUCUAAUAGUCUGAAGGCUACUGUAUUUGCAUGGGAACAUGGAUAUACGUGUUCGCUUUCUGAGCCUGCAAAGGAUUCAGUCCGCAUCUCCCACUGCCUGAUUGGCAAUGGAUUGAAGGACCUCUUGGAGCUAAUCCCUGAUCUCUAAAUAUUUAUGCAUUUUGUAUUAUACGUUAAUGGGCUAAAAAUAUCAAGAAUGAUCCAGGUAGGUAAAUUCAAACCCCGACCCUCACUUAGUGAUCUGAGACUAGCUGGAGGGACAUAGUCAUCUCUGCUGUUUGUCUUUUCCAUGAAUCUCACAGUCCCCUUCUCCCACUUUUAAUAGGACAUUCAGGAGAUAAAUUUUUCUGCUUCCUGCUCCCUAGAGUACUCCUCUCUUCAGAGUCAUCUGCUAGAGGAUGUAGGCCUGGAUUCCCUUAAGCUGAGUAAGGACUGAACUCGGGCCUUCCACUUCCUGUGUGUGUUCUCAGAUAUAGAUGACUAGAAGAAGAGUAUCGGGACCACAUCCUAACAGCUCUUUUCCAGGAGUGAACCUGAUGCAAACCCUCCAAACGCACACAUAGGCUCCUGCACCUCGAGUUGUGGGUAGCUUCCAGGCUCCAGCUCCUGGAUGGGCAAUUCAGCACACAUUUAGUGCAUGUUGAUGCAACUGGGCUAGUUUUCUUUUGUGGAAAGCUUUUCCAGACAGGGUCUGCAUUUUGGGCUGCCAGUCUGAGGUGAGGGACUCCAUGUGCUGUACUGGGCAGCCGAGCUGGUAAUUUGGAUUCUUCUCAGGGGGGACGCCUUGGUAAAGAGGUGCCUAACAUGGAAAUGCCUGAAGCCUUCAUUGCAUCUGAAACUAAACCCCUGCUUCAAUAAAGAAACAAGGCAUCUUAGCAAAUGCUAAUAACAGAUGGAACUUUAUUAUUUCCAUCUAUUAACUAGUUCCAUAAAAAGAAACCUUAAUUGCAGCAAAGGCAUUUGUACAAAUUCUAUUUACACCUGGAAACCAAGUCAAAGGAAUAAUUGGCAAAAGAAAAACCCUAUUUGAUCAAAACAGGCGCUGUUAAGCGACAUGGGAAGGAUGUUAAUCAUACCCUAUUAAUGAAUAAAAUUGUGCAGUAGUUGAUGUAAAUUCUGUCCAAAAGAAGAUUUCUUUGUAAAUAAAUACCUGGUAAAAUUGAAAGUGAUAAAAGAAUAAAUUAUUCACAUGAAAGCUGUAACUCUCCUGUGCUGUUUGAUUGGCUCUCAGAGUGCUGUGUCCUGAUUAUCGCAAUUCAUGAGUAGCCUAUUGCUUUUCCUGCUCCACGGUAUCCACUCCACUGGCUGCUCGAUAGAUGUGUUACCCUUCAUUCUCAGUAGUGGUACUGGCGGGAUUUGCUUUGUGUCUGGACUGACGUGUAGUGCUUUCUGCUUGAACGAACCCAGAAGAUUUAGACAGAAUUGUUUCUUUCGGCUUUUUUUUUCCAGUGGCAUUGCUCCUGGGAAACCCAAGAAAGCACAAGAAGGGGAAAUGGUGGUACCAUUGAGCAGUUGUAGUAACAAGCAUUUAAUGAAUUUCUUUUUUUUGCCUGCCAUUAUUCUGCGCACCAGACUCACACUGGAUUUGACAGAACAUCUCUGUGUAGCUAUUACCAGUAUGAGCCCGAGUACUAUUGUAGCAAAGUAUGUUUUUAUUUAGGUAUAUUUACUGCCUCAACUCCUACCCUGAGAUAAUUUAAUGCAAGUUUGUAAUAGUUCCACACAUUUAGUAGAUUAUGGGGACUAUUCUGACUUUAUGUUACUGCUACUAAAAGCAGAGAUUGACACACGAGCUCAGUAAAAUUGUGCACUCAGAAUAUAUAAUCACACACUUUUCAUUUGUUUUGGCCUACUGAAUGCUGAGGGCUGCUGGAAUGAGCCCAUCAGCAUUAGGGAUCAGCAGGCUGUUUUGGAGGCUCUCUGACUUUCAUAAAUUACUCAAUGGGAAGGAAUGGGAGCGUGGGGCAGAGGGAUAUGACAGAAUAGAAGAAUGAGGGGUCAAAAAUACCUACUAUCUAUCCAGUUGAAACAAAGUGGGGGAAAGGGGAACCAGAGUUGGUACUUGAGACAGUGAUGACUACAGGGCCAGUUUUUUUUCAAAUAUUUCUUAAACAGCCCGAGUUUUUACCAAUGAUGCUGUUAGUCAUAUUGUUUUGCACCUGCAAUACAUCUCAAAUAACCACAGCAUUUAAUAAGCUGCUUUUUGCAGGAGUCGUGCUUUGCUUUUAAGUCUUAGUGGAUAAACCUUGGACAAAUUUGUGAAGUCAUGAAAUAACAAUGUCAAUGCUGCCACUUACAAGAGAUUAACUAAUGCAAAUGCUUUAGGCACUGUUCACAGUUCAGGUGAAUUAUAUGUGUAACUGAUGUAUUAACAGUUUCAUUUUUGAAGUAUAUAUAGGUAAAGCUUUUUAUGUACUCCGACUUACGCUGUAAUUAAAUAAAUACAUGCAAAAAGCU